CGGCGGAGGGAGUUGGAGCGGAGCGCGGAGCGCGGCCGGGAUCUGCUGCGGGGGGAGCGGAGAGGAGAUGAGCGGCCGAAAGAGGAGGCGGAAGCCGGCGGUGGACGCGAGAGCGCGCCUUCGUCCCGGGAGCUGGAGGAGCUGGAGCUGCUGAACGCCGCCCUGGAGAAAGCGCUGAGAGUCAGAAAAAGCAUCUCCAGAACGCCCGCAGCGGCACGGGGAGCUGGGGGAGCAAAGACUGCGGGCGGGGAGUCUGAUGGUGGAGAUACGAGAGAGCUGAAGGAGCCUGCGGCCAUCGGAGAUGGUGGAGAUACGGGAGAGAUGAAGGAGCCUGCGGCCAUCGGAGACGGCCCUGUGGCUGCCCGCCCCAGCCACCAGGUGAGAGCUGGAAGCCAGCAGCUCACCGCAGCCAAGAAACCUCCUCCAUACCGGCUGCGAGCACCGUACAGGACUGACCCAGACGUGAGAAGAACCCAAAGGAAAGCCCCGGCGGGACAUGUCAGCAGGGCUCCUGGAGCGGCUGGGAAGAGCUCUUCCAAAGUUGUGGCUCCCAAACAAGGAGGCAGGCGUGGGCCGGCGGUCCCUGCGGCAGCUGCACCCCAGAGGACAACCAGCUUCCCCAGGUCUGCCCCCAGCGAACGGCACGGCGGCCCUGCUGGGGAAGGGAGCUCAGUGUCCGUGUGUGGGCAGCAGCUCAGUGAUGGGAAGAGGUGCUGUGGUGCCCUCGGGCUGCCCGGCGGAGCAGAGGAGCACACAGCUGCUGCAGGGAGCGCAUCGCCGCGGGCAGCCGUGCUGCAGGAGCAGGGAUGCCAGCUGGAGCUGCCCCUUCCCUACAGGAAAGCCCACACCAGGAACUCCCGGGCAUGGGAGAAGUGCCGUCUCUGCCACACGAGUGCUGAUGCAGCGGCUGCGAGGACGCGUUUCACAGAGAGGACCCAGAGCACUUUUCGUUCACCAACGCCGACACUCAGCCCUGCGGAGAUAGAGGAGGAAUUAAAAGCCCUCCAGGAUGUCUCCUCCCGUCUGAGCCUGUAUGUGGAAGCAGAGUCUGCAGACCAUCCCACUCUUCAAAGAGAGUAUGAAAGCCUUCUGACCUUGGAAGGUCUGCAAAGCACGGUCUCCCGGUGCUUGCAUAAGCUGCAGCUUCUAAAAGCAGCUGUGGAGUCCCAAAGGAGGCUGCAUCCAGACUGCACUGGGGACCAAGGAGACUGCUGUGCAGCCCAUGCUGCUGGGGCUCAGGUGUGUGGCAGCGCAGGCACGCUGGCUGUGCCUCUCCUGUGCUACUCCAGGCUCCAGGAACUGAGGGAUCUGUUUGCCUUGAAGCUGCAAGUGUCUAUGCUGCACCAGGAGAUUGCCUUACAAAAGGUGAGUCUUCAAGGGUUCGUGCUGCCGUGGUAGGGUGAGAAAAGGCAGCUGUGGAGCAGCAGGGAGCAGUAGCACAGCAAGCUUUCCCAGUAGUAUUUCUUUAUGCCUCACAUCCGUGUCCCAUCAGUGCCACACUGACUUUGUGGAAGAACAGACCUACCCUUUCAACAGCUUUAAGUGUCUGAGCCUCUUCUGAUAACAUUUUCUUCCCACUCUCCUGGAGUGUGGCAGUGCAGGCUGAAGUUGGUAGUGCUUGGAGAUCAGCUUUGGCCCCUUUACCGUCCCAUCAGGGCCCCCGCUUUGUCAUCCUCUCGUGUGACCUCUUCAGGUAGCAAACUUCUGUGCUGUCUGCUGUUUUCCUUUUCUUGUCAACCUCUGUGCAGCUAAUCUUGACUUUCUCUUCCUUCCACGGCCUGUAAGAACAUGAAAGGAGGUCAGCCUCUCCACCAGCCCGAGCACUGCUUGCUGUAUGGGGACCAUUCGUUCUUCUCGACAGCAAAGGGCAGAGAUCUGUGAGGCUGUGUCUGCCUUUGACCUACCCUUCAACCUACCUCAGUGACAGAGGCUUUGGAAAUGCAAUUGUUUAUAACCCAGGGAAGUUAUUUGUAAGAUGCCAUGCUUUUCUCCCUGGCUGAAGAUGGACUGUUGCUUGUUUCUAGAUGGGAUUUUAGUGCUAUAUCCUUGAAUUACGGGUUGUGAGGUCUUUGCUUUUAUCUGCCCAAAGCUUCAGUGACUGAAGCCCCUUGCUUCACUGGUGGGUCCCAUUUCUUCUGCACGAGGAUUUAAAUAGGUGCUGUGUGCCAGCUGAGCUCUGAGUAUCUGAAGCAGCUCUCUUCAGAGUGUGCAAGGUGCAUGAAAUUCUUGGGACAGGUGAGGUGAAUGGAGUCGGUGCGGGAUAAAUAACCGGGGAAAAGAUCUAUCUAUCCCUGGGCCGAGCCUGUGCAUUGCAGGAAGAGGAACAGCAGGAAUCAGAGCAAGUGCUGUUAACUCUUAGCUUGUCUUCGGUGAAGGUCUGUUUCCCUUUAUUCUUCUGUAUCAGGAACAGGUCAGGGGAUGGAAUAGAGAGUGGGCUUUCUCUUAAGAGUGCUACAUUCCCCCACCUGUGCCAGUUUUUCCCUCAGGUGGCAUUUUGUCUGCAGAUCUUCACUCUUUUCAGAGAUUAGCAAAUGUGCUGUUCCUGUUUCCUGCAGAGACUUAUAGAGAACUGUAGAGAGGACCCCUCUGCAGCUUCCCAGAGUGCUGUGAUGUUUGGGUCUUCCUUUCUGUCCUCCACUGGAACAUGCUUGGAGGGAUGUGACGAUCACAUGGAGUUUAUCAUCUACUCCUGUCGUGAGAAGCACACGGCAGGCCACAUGCAGCUCCAAUGAGCAAUGAGUUCGUUAGCAGGUAGCAGCUGAAAAAAUCCCUGGCCAACUUUCUGAGCAUUCAUUCUAGACCGACACACCGAAGGUUAGCUUUUGUCUCUUGAUAGUGAGUUCGUGUGUGCUUCAGUUGUCAGUCACAUCGCAGAGCUUGAUGCCGUUAUGCUGGCCAGCAGGUUGCUGGAGAGUGGGCUGAGCUCAUCCAGAGCUGGGCUUUGUGAGCCGGGUGUCAGGCAGUCAAAAAGAGGAGCUGUGCUUAGCAGUGGGUCAGUAAGCCCUCAGUGCUGUGGUUGCAGAGCUGCCAUAUCAACAUCAGCUUCACCCCGUUCAACAUCCAACAUCAGCUUUAACGACUGUUAACAGCUUUAACGAUUGUUUAUGAGGGUGGAUAGUGAUAGGACACGAGGGGAAGGUUUUAAACUGAGAUAGGGGAGGUUUAGGUUGG